AAAAGAAAAAAGAAAAAGAAAAAUCUUAGUAAGGGUGUGAGUGAGUUGAGUUUUUUCCAAGUUAAAAAGCCAAGGUCUUUCUUUUAUUUGCUUCUUAGAAGCGCUUGGGUUCCGCCACCCGCCGCCUGGUUGAAACAAGAACAAAGGAGAGGCUUUUGGGUCUAUCUUGUAUUCCGAAGUCCUCCUUUUUUGCGUUUAUAUUAACGAUAACGAUACCAAUCUCUCGUUUGUUUCCAUUAUUUCCAAAGGAAAAAGAGAAAAAGAAGAAAAAAAAAGGGAAAAAGUUGCAUUGCUUUUGCAGUUUGGCCUUUGCUUUGCUUUCAUAUUCUGUGUAGCCUUUUGACGAUACCCAGUUAAGUAUUUAUGUGAUGUUUGUGAACCCACAUCAAAUCCCAGAGAGCAAAGCAUAGCGGGAGACAGAAACCUUUGUAAACACCGCCAUUGUUAACAAGUCUUAGCGAUGUUGGGUUUUCUCAGAUUUUGAUAGCAGCAGUCAGCAGAGGACGGUUCUUUUUUGUGGAAAACAUAACCUUUUUAUAACGAAAGUAGACAAAAUGAAGUACGUAUUGGUGACGGGUGGUGUUGUCAGUGGACUCGGCAAAGGGGUCACAGCUAGUAGUAUCGGAUUGCUCCUUCAAGCAUGUGGCCUUCGUGUUACAUCUAUCAAAAUUGAUCCCUACUUGAACACAGAUGCAGGGACAAUGUCUCCUUUUGAGCAUGGGGAGGUGUUUGUCUUAGAUGAUGGUGGCGAGGUGGACCUUGACCUUGGAAACUAUGAGCGGUUUCUAGAUCUCACUUUGACCUGCGACAACAAUAUCACAACUGGAAAAAUUUAUCAGCAUGUUAUUGACAAAGAGCGAAGGGGAGAUUAUCUUGGACAGACUGUCCAGAUCAUUCCACACGUUACGGAUGCUGUCCAAGAAUGGAUAGAGCGUGUGGCAAUGGUACCUGUUGAUGGAAAGGAAGGUCCAGCUGAUGUUUGUGUCAUUGAAUUAGGUGGAACUAUAGGGGAUAUUGAAUCAAUGCUUUAUGUUGAGGCCCUUGGCCAGUUUUCAUAUCGUAUAGGCCCCGGAAAUUUCUGCUUGAUUCAUGUCAGCCUUGUGCCAGUUAUCAAUGUUGUUGGUGAACAGAAAACAAAGCCUACACAGCAUAGUGUCAGGGAACUCAGAGGACAUGGUUUGACACCUAAUAUUCUAGCUUGUAGGAGUUCAAAGCCACUUGAGGAGAAUGUCAAGGCAAAACUUGCUCAAUUUUGCCACGUGCCGGCUGAAAACAUUGUCACUCUUUAUGAUGUUCCAAACAUUUGGCAUGUCCCUUUGCUUUUAAGAGAUCAGAAAGCGCAUGAAGCAAUCUUGAAAGGAUUCAACCUACUAGGUGUUGCUAGAGAGCCAAAUUUGAAGGAAUGGACUGCCAGGACAGAAAUUUCUGCGACUUUACAUGAUCCGGUGAGAAUUGCAAUGGUUGGAAAAUACACAGGUCUUUCAGAUGCUUACCUCUCUGUUUUAAAGGCUCUUCUGCAUGCUUCUGUUGCAUGCCGCCGGAAACUUGUUGUAGAUUGGGUUGCAGCGGGUGACCUUGAAGAUGUUACUGCUAAAGAGGCCCCUGAGGUUUAUAAGGCUGCAUGGGAUCUUUUGAAGGGUGCUGAUGGUGUUCUAGUUCCAGGAGGAUUUGGCGAUAGAGGAGUGCAAGGGAAAAUUCUUGCAGCAAAGUAUGCUCGAGAAAACAAAGUUCCAUUCCUUGGCAUAUGCCUGGGAAUGCAAAUUGCUGUCAUCGAGUUUGCACGAUCUGUUCUUGGUAUGGUUGAUGCUAACAGCACAGAGUUUGAUCCUGAAACUACAAGCCCUUGUGUCAUAUUUAUGCCAGAGGGCUCAAAAACUCAUAUGGGAGGAACUAUGCGUCUGGGAUCGAGGAGGACUUACUUCAAUGUUGCUGACAGCAAAUCAGCAAAACUGUAUGGGAAUGUGGUGUUUGUUGAUGAACGACAUAGACAUAGAUAUGAGGUCAAUCCUGAUAUGAUAUCACAACUUGAAGAUGCUGGUUUAUCAUUUGUUGGCAGAGAUGAAACUGGUCGGCGCAUGGAGAUUGUUGAGCUGCCUUCCCAUCCAUACUUCGUUGGGGUUCAGUUUCAUCCUGAAUUUAAGUCAAGGCCAGGGAAGCCUUCUGCUCUGUUCUUGGGACUAAUAGCAGCAUGCAGGCAUUCAAAUACAAUUCUUCAAAACAAUGGGCAUGUAGUAAAGCCAGUUACAAAUGGGAUGAGCAAUGGACACGUAAUGGUGAAAACCCACCAAAAUGGACAUGCUUUUAAGACAUCCAAUGGCUUGCUAAAUGGUGUGUAUAGCAAUGGUAAUGGCGUCCACUUGUAAGGGAAAGUUGGUGAUGGCCUCGUGGUUUUGUUUCUCCGGAAGUGCUUUUGGUAGUUUACGGUUUUCUGUACAGAUGCUGAGCAUGGAUAGAUGGUGUAGCUCUAGAGGACUUGUCUUCAGGAUUAAGCUGGAUUUUGAAUUUUGAAUGACACAGCUGGUAAUUCCGAGAAGAUUUGGCUUGAAGUGUGAUGUUGCUCCAUUGAACUCUUUGUUUUGUUUUGUUUUCUUUUAGUAUGAGGACUUUUUGACUGUUGGCCUUGGAAAAGAGGAACAUAUAGGCAACAUUUCAAUAUAUGUUUUAAAGAACUAACAUGUUUGAAUGUUUCCUUCUCUAAAUAAGUAUUAAAGACUGAGACCUGUGUCCCUUAGUGGUUGUGACUUUUAUUUCGUUUUAUUUUAGAUCAA